AGUUUCACGCUACUGGCGACUCAGUGUGGCCACAGCUGUAGAACGAUAGAUUUCGAAGAAUGUCGCAGUCACUCUUACGGUUCUCGUGGGUAUUUUAUAUUGCUUUGAACGUCUGUUUGGGAGAAAGACGCCUAAAAUACGUCACAUUACUGUACCGUCAUGGUGACCGUUCCCCUGUCAAAGCCUACCCAACUGACCCACAUAAUGAGAGUGCUUGGCCUCAGGGAUUUGGCCAGCUGACUCAGGAAGGAAUGAAGCAACACUUUGAACUGGGACAGAUGCUGCGCAGACGUUACCAAGGAUUCCUUAGUGAACACUACAACCGCCUUGAGAUAUUUGUACGGAGUACUGACUAUGAUCGAACACUGAUGAGUGCAGAGUCGAACUUAGCUGGGCUGUACCCACCCAAUGGUUCACAGAUCUUUGAACCAACUGUCCAGUGGCAGCCUAUACCUGUUCACACAGUUCCCCAGAGUCAGGAGAAGUUACUUUCAUUUCCCAUUGAUGACUGCCCUCGCUACAAGGUUCUUAUGAAUGAAACUGAGCACUCUGACUUCUUCCGCAAUAUGACAGAAACAUACAAAGAUUUCCUGGCAAUGGUGAGGAAUGAAACGGGCUUGAACACAGCCACAGUAGAAAGUGUUUGGAGUGUCCAUGACACCCUGUACUGUGAGUCCAAACAUAACAUGACUAUCCCACCAUGGGUGACUCCUGAGGUAAUGGAGACACUGAGGAGAUUAAAAAACUUCGGCUUUCAGAUGAUGUUCGGAGUCUAUAAGCAGAAAGAGAAGUGUCGGCUCCAAGGAGGCCUCCUCUUAAACCAGAUUAUUGUUAACAUGUCUGCACAUGCUGUUCAAGAUUCUAAAGAUCCUCUGAAGAUGACUGUAUACUCAGCGCAUGACACCACUAUAGUGGCCCUGCAGGCAGCUUUGGAUGUGUUCAAUGGGCAGCAGCCCCCCUAUGCCUCAUGUCACAUAUUUGAAUUGUACCAGGAGGACAAUGGGUCCUUCACUGUGGCCAUGUUCUACCGCAAUGACAGCAGUAAAUCACCCUAUCCCCUGGCCCUGCCCAGCUGUGAACAGUAUUGUCUUCUGCAAGACUUCAUUCGUCUCACUAAGGAUGUCAUAACACCUGACUGGGAGAAGGACUGUCAAGUGGUAACUACAGUAAAAGACACAGAAGUUGUGAUUGGGUUGGCAGUGUGUGCAUGCCUCCUCUUUUUCCUCGUCCUGCUCCUCUUCGUUGUGCUCUGCCGGCAAAGGGAGACCUCAACUGGCUACAGUCACGUCAUCAAUGAUGGGGAUGAGAACUCCUGACGGUCAUACCACCGGAAAGAAGACACGUGGGAUGGCGAGGAUGAUCUGUGAACUAGCAUAAAGCCCACACCCAUAACCUUUCAGUUUGGAUGAAACAGGGAUGAAGAAACGAAAUAUGAUUGUUUUUACCUUUUUUUUUUGUUUGUUUGUUUGUCUUUUGGCAAAAAAACUUGACAUGGCUACAAUAGCCUUGCAUACCUACCAAGUUGGUUGUGUUAUGUUUGCCACAUAGCCCUGAAUUACUGAGAAAAUCGCUGAAAUCUACUGAAGGAAUCUAGAGAACCAUUAGGUGCUAUGGCAUCUGUGUGUGUGUGUGUGUGUGAAACUGUUGGGAUAAGAAGUGUUUCUGGUUGCCUUUUUCACAGUGCAGUGACCACAGUGGAUGCCCACUGAAUGUUGUGUUGCUUGGAACAAAGUCUUGACCAUCCCUUCUACAAAGGGUAAACCGUUUCAAUACUUUGUGGCAACAAAGUGUCCGUUAUUUUGUGAAUUCUGUUUACAUUCAAUCAUUGUGACACUUUUAAAAGUGGCUAUGUCUACGGAGCACACUAAAAGGGAACAGCUAGUAGUGCUUCAUGACUUACCUUUUUUUUGCAUCCUAAGAUGCAUUGUCAAAUGUGAUGCUACCUUCUGUUCAGUUGAUCAAUGACUAAGUUCUUAAUAUUCUCUAUACUUUAAGACUUUCAGUCCUUAUUACUGCACAGCAGUUGACCAACUUUCUGUUUUCACAGAUUGCAAGGUAUUGGAUAGGUACAGUUAGUUUUCCCUCAGUUAUCAACAGUGAUUUGCCAUUUUGUGAGAGUCAGGCCAAAAAGGUUGUCAUUUCAACACUUACAAUGUGAAUUGAGUGUUUCCAUAAUAUAUUUUGAAUUCCAAUCUUUGACAUCUUCAUGGGAAUCUACUGUAGUUAAAGGUGUUCUAAGCGAUGCUAGAUAACGUCACUUCUGUUGACUUUCAAACAAAACAAGAGAGCUAGCUCGCUACUUUACAGUGUAUUCAGGACAGACAGCUAGCAGUUGGUUAGGUAAUUGCAGUAAUUCACAUAAAAUGUUUUAACCUAAAACACCCUUGGCAUCGCUUAGAGCACCUUUAAGUAAAAUUAUUUCUCUCUCUCUUCACUCUGAGGAUUUAAGUAUUUGUAAAAUUUUAUGAACUUUGUUCAUUUUUCUAUGUUACAAUUUGUUUGUUUUUCUCUGAUUGUAUAUAUUGAAUGCUUUAAAAUGGCAAAGGAAAGGGAAUGUAAAAAUUAAAUAUGCAAAUAAAUACAAUGAUUUUACUAACAUUU